CUUGUCAAUAAUCUAUUUUAUGUUUUACUUUCAGAAUCAUCUUCAGCGGGCAAAUCCGGUGGUUGCUUCCCCGCAAAGAGUCUGAUCAGAACGGAGUAUGGCACAAAGACGCUGGACCAGGUACGUCUGGGCGAGCGCGUCGCUGCUUUGGACUCCCGCGGGAACAUCGUGUACAGCGAGGUGAUCGCUUUCCUGGAUCGUGCCCCGUCCGAGAUGCGACAGUUCGUCCGUUUAACGACGGAGUCCCGCCGAGUGCUCACGUUGACGCCGGCGCAUCUGGUGCCCGUUGAGGGUAGUUCGUCGAUAUUCGCCGCCAGGGUACAGCCCGGCGACAGGAUCCUCGUGAGCGAUGUCGCCACGAGAAACGACACCAGCGGCUAUCUACGUUGGGACAAGGUCGUCGAGACGAAGCUGGUGCUCGAGAAGGGCGUCUUCGCGCCGCUGACGACAGAGGGUACGGUCGUGGUGGACGACGUCGUGGCGUCCUGCUACGCCGUCAUCGACAGCCAGACGGUGGCGCAUUACGCCUUCCUGCCGCUGAGGAUCUGGAACAGCGUGACGUCCUUCUUCGUGCAAAGGUUGGACGACGCGCCACGUGUCAGAGGACAAAACGAGGACUCCCAACCGACGAAGGAGGGUGUCCAUUGGUACGCGUCGAUGCUCUAUUCGCUGUCCACCUACGUGCUGCCGUCGAAGAUGCUCUACAAUUGAAAUCUCGCGAACGUUGACAGAUGUUGCGCCUCGAGUGCCGAAUCGUCGAGGAUCAGGCUCGAGUGCUUGGCGUAAGUGAUGCGUGUUACAAAGACUUUUCGACACUGGAGCCUCUCGAACUUUAGUGAUUUGAUUAAUCGCCCAAGUGCUGUCGAGGCACUCGAGCCUCUUUCUAUUACGGAUCGUGGAUUCAAAUUACACGCGUGUCGUCAAAAAUAGUAAUGUAUAACCGUGACGAUUGAAUUCCCAUUCGUGAGGAAAACGUGUGUAUCUAAUAAGCAAGGAUAAAAGACGUCGUUCUAAACGAGAGAGUUGGCCAGUGAGACCUAUCCGUGUUCACCGAAUGAUGUGUAGUAUAUUAGAACCAUAGGA